UGAAAACCCCAGAUUUCUUACUGCUUUUCAUUUCACUUCCAGUCUUACACUCUCUCAAAUCUCAACGCUUUUCCUGACCUGAAAUCAUCUACUCGUUUGUUUCGCAGCUCCUUGGUCCUUGCUUUCAAAUCCUGGCAUGUAAUGAUAGGGAGUCACUUGCGGUUGAUGGACCCUUUUAUGUUGACGGGGAUUUCGACGUGAAUUUUGGAGGUUUAAGGGUGUUGUGAAACAUGCUCUUUUUCUGCCAAGCAAGCUAUUGAUAAGAAUCUGCAUUCUAGAGCUCAAACUGGACUGGAAUGGCUGAGAACUCCAGAAGACCUGAUGAGGAGUUGAAAGUGCUUGGCAAAAACACCAUCAAUCAAAAUUUGGAUGUGUACAUAUGGGAUAUGGACGAGACCCUUAUACUGCUGAACUCCUUGCUGAAGGAGUCCUAUGCAGAGGCUUUUAAUGGCUUGAAGGAUGUCCAGAAGGGUGUGGAGAUUGGGAGGAUGUGGGAAAAGCUCAUCCUGCAAUUGUGUGAUGAUUAUUUCUUCUAUGAGCAAAUUGAAAGUUACAAUAAGCCAUUUCUUGAUAUUUUGAGCGAAUAUGAUGAAGGAAGGGACCUCUCUGAUUAUGACUUCAACCAAGAUGGUUUGGGUCCUCCCGUUGAUGAAGACAACAAAAGAAAACUUGCAUAUAGGCAUCGAGUUAUAGCCCAAAAGUACAUAUUGGGUUUAAAGCAUCUCUUAGACCAAGAGACAGCUAAACUUUGGGAUCAGUUAUAUGAGACAACUGAUGCAUAUACUGAUAGCUGGCUUUCCUCAGCACGGGCAUUUCUGGAGGAGUGUUUGGGUGAAAAUAAGGAUGCAGAUUCCUCUGUUGCGCUUCCUGAGACCAGUGCUGAGUCAACCAAAGUGACACGCCAGCGUGUUAAUGUUUUAGUGACAUCUGGAUCGCUGAUACCCACCCUUGUAAAAUGCAUGCUCUUUCGUAUUGACAGUCUGAUAACACAUGAAAAUAUUUAUAGCUCAUGGGACGUAGGGAAAGUUCAGUGCUUCCGAUGGAUCAAAGAGCGUUUUGACCAUCCCAAUGUACGUUUUUGUGUAAUUGGAGAUGGUUGGGAAGAGUGUGAGGCGGCAAAAAUCAUGAGAUGGCCAUUUGUCAAAAUUGACCCGCGGCCAGGCACACCAUACAGGUUCCCUGGGCUCACCUUGAGAACAGUGAGCCACUACUUUUCUGUGGUGUAUGGAAGUCUUAAUAAUGAGAACGAUGAAGAAUAGCGCUCAAUCUUCUUGAUGUCAUCAUCCCCCUUCCUAGGAUUCCAAUCUGUACAGAAAGUUCUGGCCUUCAGGUUUCAGCAUAUGUGUGAAUCACAGCCGUUAGAUGGUUGCCACAACUUAGGUAAUUGGCAUUGAGGAGAUUAAGGGGAACUACUUUUCUUACAAUUUUUAGAUUGUAACUUGUAGAUAUGAAUGUGAGUUGUGGAUCAUCCGUCACUCCUAAUAAUGCAUGUAUGAUGUACCUUGUAAAGGCACUCGUUUGUCCCUUCUGAUAUUGACGGUUUGGUGCA